AUGAACUUCAUCGCCAGGGUGGUAGGUAAACUAUCGCAAGAGAGGGGCGACCACACCAACAUUGGUACGGUAGACGCUAUAAUGAACGGACAGCACGCGCUUUUUAUUUUUUUAAUAUUUAUUUUCACCACUUCGUUCAAUGUGUCCUGCGAUUCGGGUGAGAAUGUUCCGCAAAUGAAGAGAUUUGAGCUAUACGAUGGUGUAUAUGUGAAGAUACCCAAAGAUAACAACACGAGCAACUUGGUCUCUUUUGAAAUAGAUCUAGAUAGAAAUGUGGAAACCGGUCGAAAAAAACAAAAGAAGAUGCUGGAGAAAAUUCUACCGAUGAUGGCGCUACCGUUCCUCGUACAGUCUUUGAUCGUGCCUAUAUUCCUCGGCGUGAUAAAGUUUAUGCUAUUCAAGUCACUUAUGAUUGGUAAACUUGCUUUAGUUCUGAUCAUCAUUAAUGCAUUUAGGAAUAGCAAUAGUCUAAAGGGAAGAGAUGCAGAUAUCGCCUCGAUAAGCUACGGUUAUGGUGGUCAUGAUGACUUCGGGGGCUAUAGGUUUUUUGUUGUAACCUUCUUGUCCUUCAGUAGAUUAACAAUACGCCACUAUGUGUUGAUGAGGGCAAAGCUUCAAAAAUGGAAGUCGUCUUAUAUAAUAGUAGCCAUAGUAGCAUUUAGCCUGUUUCACACAGCUCUUGCACUUGAAAAUACAAUCAAGGGCGCUACAAAUGAAAACAUACUGGAGAGAAGUAUUAAGGAAAAUGAUGUCAUAAAUUACAGAUUGUCAAGGAAUGUAAAACCUUUAAAUUAUAAAUUAAUGCUAUGGCCCGAUUUAAAGGAGAAAACUUAUCAAGGGCAGGUGGCUAUUAAACUUUCUGUAACAGAACCCACCAAAGUUGUCGAAGUGCAUAAAAAACAUCUAUUGAUACAAAUUAUGACUUUAAAAAACGCUAAGGGUGAAAAUGUAGUAAUUAAUAACAAUAACACUGAUGAAACAAGAGAAGUGUUUCGUAUGGAAUUUAACGAUGAAUUGCCUCAAGGCGAUUAUGAGUUAACUCUCAAUUUCACCGGAAAGCUUGAUAACGGAAUUGUUGGCUUUUAUGAAAGUACAAUUCGAAAUGGCAAGGGUCUAAAUGAACUGCCAAUACAAAAAUAUUUUGAAGUGAAAUCCUUAGAACAGUUGUACAUUCAGUUAGAUGAAAAAAUCAAUGCUGGCAGUUAUGAAUUAAAAAUUGAUUUCUGUGGCGACUUAACCAGGAAUAUUGUAGGUUUUUAUUUAUCUCGACUGAAAGAUGGAGGCACCAUGGUGGCAAGUAAGUUCCAACCUACUUAUGCACGACAAGCAUUUCCAUGCUUUGAUGAACCAGAUUUUAAAGCAACAUAUGAUAUUACUCUUGUGAAGCCUGUUGAAUAUGUGGCAUUAUCGAACAUGAAUGAAGUUUCGAAGACACAUGAUCAGAAAAGUAAUACAGAAGCUGUUACAUUUGCAACUAGUGUUCCAAUGUCAACCUAUUUAGCAUGUUUUGUUGUUUGUAACUUUGAUUUUAAAGAAACUAUAAUAAACGCAAAUGGUAUUGGUAAGAAUUUCACCUUGAGGUCAUUUGCUCAAAAGCAACAAACACACAAAAUUGACUUUGCUCAAGAUAUUGGGAAACGUGCUACAGAAUACUAUAUUCAAUACUAUGAGGUGCCAUUUCCACUGCCAAAACUUGAUAUGAUAGCGAUUCCAGACUAUGUAUCAGGAGCCACUGAGCAUUGGGGUCUGAUUACAUAUAGAGAAACAUCAUUCCUAGUAGAUGAAGCAACAGCGUCAUCUCAAAAUAAAAUCAGUGUAGCCAAUACAAUUGCUCAUGAGUUAGCUCAUAUGUGGUUUGGAAAUUUAGUUACCAUGAAGUGGUGGGAUGAAGUCUGGUUAAAUGAAGGAUUUGCUUCCUAUAUGCAAGUGAAAGCCUUAAAUGCCAUAGAACCAUCUUGGACAAUGUUGGACCAGUUCUUGACGAGAACACUUCAUUCUGUUUUGGUGACUGAUGCAAAAUUAUCUAGUCAUCCUAUAGUCCAAACAGUAGAGACUCCUGAUCAAAUUACUGCCAUUUUCGACUCCAUUUCAUACAAUAAGGGUGCAUCUGUUUUAAGGAUGUUGGAAGGUUUUAUUGGAGAAGAGAAUUUCCGCCAAGGAGUUUCAGAUUAUUUGAAGAAAUAUGAAUUUGGUAACACUGUCACACAGGACUUGUUAUCUUCCUUGGAACCGUAUUUUGUAAAGCGUAAUAGCGGUCUGAACCUCAAUUAUAUAAUGGAUACUUGGACAAGACAAAUGGGAUAUCCGCUUAUAACUGUUAAGGAAGAAGAAAAUAAUAAAUUAGUCCUAACACAAUCACGGUUCUUGUUAGAUCCGAAUGCCGAGUAUGAAGAUGACUCUGAUUUUCAUUACCGAUGGUUUGUACCAAUAACCUAUACGACAAGCAAAGGCAAACACGAAGACAUUCUCUGGUUUCCGGAUACCGCAGAAAAUGUGGAAGUACAGUUAAGUAAUGAUGAGAAAUGGAUAAAGAUCAACAAUAAUCAAGUUGGAUACUACAGAGUUAAUUACCCUUUGAGCACCUGGAAUAAAAUCUUAUUGGAAGCGAUGAAACAACAAAGUGGAAUGCUAACGUUAUCGGACCGAGCCAAUCUAUUGGAUGAUGCAUUCGCUUUGGCGGAAGCUGGUCUCCUACCAUAUGACACUGCUCUCAACCUAACAGCUUACCUCACAGCUGAAAAAGAUUUUGUGCCGUGGGAGACAGCUGCGGGGAAAUUUAGCCAACUCUCAGAUAGACUACUUGGAACCACAUCCCACGACCAUCUUAAGAAAUAUAUACAGAACCUCAUCGAAGGACUGUACACACAACAAAGUUGGGACAGAACUAAAUUGGAUGUCAUUCAAGGCCUCCUGCGCACGAGGGUUUUAACACUAGCGACAUCUAGUGGCGUGCCUGAUGCUAAUAGUCGUGUUCGGGAACUGUUCCUUAACUGGUUAGAUUCCCACGGUACGACGAACGCAUUCGUGAUUGAACCGGACUUGAGAACUCUAGUCUAUCACUAUGGUAUGAAGCACGCGACCCAAGAGGAAUGGGACAAGCUGUGGCAAAUUUACCUCCAGGAAGAAGAUGUCCAAGAGCAAUCUAAACUACGGUCCGCGCUCUCUGCUCCGGAAAAUGUUGAUAUACUAAAGAAAUAUUUGGAUUUAUCCUGGGACAAAAAUAACAUUCGCAGUCAAGAUUUUUUGAACGUUCUGCAGUCGAUCAGCGGCAACCCCUCUGGUACUGCUCUUAUUUGGGACGAGGUACGAUCGAGGUGGGAAGAACUAGUUGCCAAAUUCACUCUUAACAGCAGAUAUCUUGGCAAUCUCAUACCUGCUAUUACAAGCACGUUUAAUACGAAAGAAAGGUUGACAGAGAUGGAGAAGUUUUUCGAAAAGUAUCCCGAUGCCGGCGCAGGCGCAUCGGCGCGUAAGCGGGCACUUGAAACUGUACGAAAUAAUAUUAAAUGGACAGCCACUCAUCAGUCUGCAGUUGCAAAGUGGCUUGAGAACCGAAUUAAAAUCUAA